UAGAGUUGAGUUGUUUCUAAGAUGGCGACGAAAAAAACGCGUCUUAUGUGAAAUGCAAUCAUAACAACUUCAAUUUUAUGCUAAUAAAUGUGCCCUGACUUGAGACAAAACUAUUGAAAAAGAGUGCUGAGCAAGUGUAUUCAAUUUUACAUGUGAAAGUUUGGUGCGAAACUGUAGUGAAAAUGGCCACAAAUAUGUAUCGAGUCGGAGACUACGUGUACGUUGAGACAACGCCGAAUAGUCCCUACCUGAUACGCCGCAUCGAGGAGCUGAACAAGAACCAAACCGGCAAUGUGGAGGCGAAGGUCAUGUGCUUCUACCGGCGUCGUGAUCUGCCCAACCCACUGGUGCAGCUGGCCGACAAACAUCAACUGGCCACAGCCGAGGACUCACCGCUGGCGACCAAGCUGAAGAAGACCUGGCUCCGCACACCCGUGGGCGAGGAGCAGGCAGCGCAGGCUGUGCUCGAUCCCUCAAUAGCUGCCUUGGAUGAGGAGCGCACAAGUCCGACGCAAGCGUCUGGCGGCGGCACUGGCGGUGCAUCUGCAACCAGCAACAAUGCUGGCAGCACCACUACCACCACCACAACCAACAGCAACAACAACAAUAAUAAUAACAACAGCAGCAGCAGUGGUAGCGGCAGUGGCACUGGCAGUGGAGGCGAUGCGGAAAAGGGCGAGGCGCUGACCAGCAAACAGCGCUACCAGAUCAAGCACCGCGAGCUGUUCCUCUCACGCCAAGUCGAAUCGAUACCCGCCACACAGAUACGAGGCAAGUGCUCCGUGACGCUGCUCAACGAGACGGAGUCCCUGCAGAGUUAUCUAAAUAAAGACGACACAUUCUUCUACUGUCUGGUCUUCGAUCCCAAUCAGAAAACACUGCUCGCCGACAAGGGCGAGAUACGUGUCGGCAGUCGCUAUCAGUGUGAUAUUCCCGCCAAGCUUAAAGACACCGUCACGGACGAGCGCAAGCUGGAGGAGCUGGAGUCACUGGUAUGGACGCCAGAGCACACACUGACAGAUCGAAAGAUCGAUCAGUUUCUCGUCGUCUCGCGUUCCAUUGGCACCUUCGCCCGAGCCCUCGACUGCAGCAGUUCUGUGAAGCAGCCCUCGUUGCACAUGUCGGCAGCGGCAGCCAGUCGGGACAUCACACUGUUUCACGCCAUGAAUAUUCUGCACAAGCACGACUACUCGAUUGAGGAGGCCAUGUCCUCGCUAGUUCCUUCCACUGGACCGGUGCUCUGUCGCGAUGAAAUCGAGGACUGGAGCGCCUCGGAGGCAAAUCUCUUCGAGGAGGCGCUGGACAAAUAUGGCAAAGACUUUAACGACAUUCGACAAGAUUUCCUGCCUUGGAAAACGCUGAAGCAAAUCAUCGAGUACUACUAUAUGUGGAAGACCACCGAUCGCUAUGUGCAGCAGAAGCGCGUGAAGGCUGUCGAGGCGGAGCUGAAGCUCAAGCAGGUCUACAUACCGCAAUACAAUAAUAAUGGUGGCAAGGGAGGCGGCAACGGAGCCUCUGUCAAGGCGGGUGGUGGUGGCGGCAUUUACAAUGGCACCACCAACGGCGGCACCGAUCUCUCAAGCAACGGCAAACCCUGCGAAUCGUGCGGAACAACAAAAUCAUCACAGUGGAACUCGUUUAGCACCGGUCACAUUACGUGUCGUCUCUGCCAAAGCUGUUGGGAAUACUGGCGGAGGUACGGCAGUAUGAAGUCUGCGAAUAAGGGCGACGCCAGCAGCGACAGUGAUGCAAAGAAGAAGGCCUUGGCUGCGACGACGCCCACGGCUACCGCUGCAGCAGCGGCUACAACACCCACAGCGGUAGUCGACCUCAACGAUGACGAGAAAAUCAGUGAUCUAACCAAUCGUCAAUUGCAUCGGUGUUCUAUUGUCAAUUGCGGAAAGGAGUUCAAGCUGAAGACCCACCUGGCACGCCACUAUGCGCAAGCGCACGGCAUUGCCAUCAGCUCUGGCUCUCCGCGGCCCAUCAUGAAGACGCGCACUGCCUUCUACUUACACACCAAUCCAAUGACGCGCGUGGCGCGCGUCAUCUGCCGCAGCAUUGUCAAGCCCAAGAAGGCGGCGCGACAAAGCGCCUACGCCAUCAAUGGCCAGCUGGUUAAGCAAGAAUUUACGAAUCGUAUUAGCGGCAAAUCGCAGGCGGAGAUCAAGAAGCUGCUAUUGCUCAAGCCCAAGGAUCGUGGCAGUGUCACUAAAAUCGCCAAUCGCCUGGGGGCGCCUGGCAGCGGCCCACACGAGUGGCUGGUGCUGACGCCCAAGGACAAAAUGCCGCUGCCCGCUGUCGUCUCAUUCCCCAAGCCGCCCAAAGCAGCGGAUGGCAGUUUAGUCUACGAUCGCGUGCCCAACAAAACGCCCGACAUUGUGGCCGUGCCGGCCGAGAAGGAACUAACUAUAAUUCCAACGCAAGCAACAUCAACGAUACGAAAGCGGGCGCACGAAGAGCAGCAGCUGAACGGCACUGAAGUAACCAUAGUUCCCAGUGGACCGCCUCCAAAGAGGCCGAACAAAGAUCCUAUGCCCUCGCAUUGUCCCAGUCCCGAGCAGUUUGCCGCCAUGAUGGCGGCAUCGGGACAACCGCUCUCCAGACACCAUCUCAAUGGCAAACAGAAAAUUGCGCAAAUGGCCCGAGGCGGAAACGGACGCAAGCAGGUCAUCAGUUGGAUGGAUGCGCCGGACGAUGUUUACUUUAGGGCAAACGACACACACAAAAAAUCGCGAAAAAUACUCUCUGCCGUGGAUCUGCGCCGUGCGGCGCGCAAACCAUGGCGCACACUGCCCAUCAAGCCUCUGGCUCCCGAGCCGAGUAGCAGGCCCAUUGAAUCACAAAUCGUCAUACUGGACUGACCGUCGCCGGCACACACAACAGGAACAUCAGCAGCAUCAGCAGCAGCAUCGCCAGCGGCAACCAAGUUGUUAUCGUCUUCAGCAAACAGCAGAUUCGAGCAGCAACAUCCUCCAUUUCCAUACACCAUGGAUGCACUGCUUAACUAGUGACCAUUCUCCGAUUUAACUGGCUUGCCAUGUACAUACAACAUACAACAUACACACACCCCGCAUGCAUACCAUAGUAAACAAACAUCCAACAGACAGACAUACCAGACAACCCGCAUUCAAGUUAGGAUCAGGCAGGAGUUACAGCAUCAUCCCUGUAUGACUUGGUAUUGGUGUUGCAGAGCCGGGAAAGAGAAUCGAACGGCGAACCGCGAACCGAACCGAUAGCAACCACAAAACAAAACAAAAACCACUUUAUUAGCGCUUAAAUAGAUGUCUUUUUAAAAAACAAAUAGUAAGAUAGUAAGUGUUAAGGUCUGUAGUAGCAGUAAACAGGACAGGACGCAAAAAGGAAAACCAUAACAAAAUAUUUAUAAAUAUUUUAUAUUUUUUUAAAUUUAAAAAUCUCAACAUACCGAAUACCCAAACACACACACACAUAAGUCCGGCAAAUGCACUGCCACUUUGGUAGUGUAGUUCGCCACACAAAGCAUGAAACUCAAAUGAUCGUUCUCGUUUAGUCAUUCAGCGUGUUCUUUUUUUAAAGGAAUAAAUCCAAUCCCUUGCAUGGUUUCAUUCUUGAGUAUAUGUAUAUGCAUGUGUAUGUGUAUGUCAUAUAUGCAAGGUCCCGCGAUAUAUGAUAUAUGUAUGUUUUCUGUCGUAGAUACUUUCUAAACGCGCUUCAAAGUUCCACUUUAUAUUUUUUAAGCCUAAAACCCCCCCCUAGCUAAGAACCAGAUACGUAAAUGAAAUUGAAAGGCCUCUACCCGUAAUUUUAAAUAUUUUCAGUCCAAAAUUGAGUACGGGAAUUGUUUGAAUGCUUUAAAUUGUAGAAUGGGGAGAAAUGUAACCUUGUUAAUGUUAAUCAGUGACAGUGACAGUGACAGUGACACGUGCAAAAUGAUACAAACAUAUUGAUUUAUGCUGUAACUAAACAAUGGAAUGCUUGAGUAACAAUUGUACAGUAAAGAGUUUAAAGAUAAAAUUCGAAUAAAAUGUAUUUUCAUAAUUUAUAUAAACGAAAGUUCAGUACUCUAAAGAGCGAUAACAUAGUAGGACCCCCACAUCCAUACCCACACCCAAAAACACAGACACAGCCACAACCACAACCACACACACACACACAUCUAGAAUAUUAUUUACGCAUAUAAAUCCAUAAGAAACUAAGCUGCAAAAUACAUUUAAAAAUGUAUGGCAUGGCAUAAUAACGAGAGGAGAUAACAGUUUCAAAAAAAAAAUAUAAAAACAAAAAAAACAAACAGAGAAUGUCUAGACUCUAGCCUAGAACAGCCAGGGCAAGCGGAAAACAGAACCAGCAAAUCAUAAACAGAAAAAAAACAUUUAAUAAAUGAUUAUAAAGAAAUUUCGAUUGUAAGCCAAUAUACUUUUAACUUAACAUCUUAAGCAAUUUUGUAAAAUAAAACACUUCAAAUUAAAAUGGUUAGUUAAGUGAAGGAGAAGUCGGAGACGGAGACGGAUGGAUCGCGAGUGGUGCAAAUAAUAAUACUGAAAAUACAGUCCCCGAAGCAAACAUGACCACAGCUAAAGCCGCGCGAAUGUUAAGCAAGCAAACAAACAAACGAUUUAAGUUGUUUUUAUUUCCAAAAACGAAACACACACAGACACACAUUUAAAUCCAAGAUCAGAAGAGAACCACUGCAAUUGAAACUGCAACAGAAUAAAACAAACAACAAAAAGAGAGACAAGCAACAGAAGCAAAUCAAACAGAGCUAUAUAAAUAAUUAUAUACUUAUAUAUAUAUAUAUUAUAUACAGAUAUACAGUGUAACAGUACAUACGCGCAUUGGAUAAUACAUUUUUACAGAGCAGAGAGUUCUUCGCGCCAAACGACGAAGACGGACGGACGGACAGGACGUGUGAGACAACAAGCAACCGA